AUGUCGGAUCCAAAAUCUGCGAUAAGCAGUAACGAAUAUGCGUUUCCCAGAGGUGGAUCAACGGCUUUGACUCCUAUGGAGGUAAAGGAAAUUUCGAACGAAGCAACUAGAGAUGUCCUAUUCGAAGUCGCCAAUAAUCUGAAUAAGAAACGGUCGAAACCAGACGCUAAUCUGAGUACGGUUUCAAGAAAAAAGCAAAAGAAAAACAGCAAGAAAGGUUCAAAGAACGGAGACGAUGAUAACGAUGAUGUCGAGUCCGAUGAGAAAAAAACGGCAGUGGAAUACCUUACUUUCAAGAAUCUUUUACCAGGUUCUUUGGUUUUUGGACAAAUUCAAUACGUUAACAAACUAGACCUUGUUUUGGCAUUGGAAAAUAAUUUGGUUGGCUAUGUACCAAUAACAUCAAUCAGUACUGCAAUUACCAACGCUAUCGACAAAUUUGAAGAGGAAAGCGAAGAAGAGGAAAGCGAAGACGAAGAAGACGAAGAAAAAGAAGAUGACGAAAAAAAUGACAAAAGUAAAAUCCAUGCUACAACUUUUUCAGCAAAGGAGAAAAAACUGUUCCCAGACUUGAAGUCAAUGUUCCAAGUUGGUUCUUGGUUAAAGGCUAAGGUUGUUGAAUCAGAUAACUCUCAAAAGAAAAGAAGAAUUGAACUUAGUCUCGAGCCCAAACUUGUUAAUGCAAAUAUAGAAGAUGAGGACUUGAUACCUGGUAACGUUAUUCUGUGCGCCGUGAAAUCCGUUGAAGAUCAUGGUGUCAUUUUGGACACCGGUUUCGAAAAAUUUUCUGCAUUUAUGUCCAAUAAGGAAUUAAAAAAUGCGGGUCUUGAACCCGCUAGCUUGCAAGAAGGUUUAGUUUUGUCGUGUGUUUUGGUAUCACAACCAUCGGGAAGAAUUAUUACAGUUAAGCCAGUGAGUCUGGCGGCGGGAAAGAAGCCUGCAGUGGUGUCAACUAUUACCUCGGUAGACUCGAUUCAACCAGGUAUCUUGGUCAAUGCAUUAGUGAGUGAUAUCACAUCUGAAGGUAUCAUAACCAGGGUUUUCGGUUUGGUUGAUGGUACUAUAAGUAUAGCACAGAUCCAAAAUUUCAAUACUGCAGAUUUAAAACACAAGUAUGCAAUUGGAAGCACAAUAAAGACAAGGAUUUUGGCCAUAUUGGAGAAGGAAGGAACCAAAAAAUUGCUUCUUUCGAUGUUACCCACAACAAUGUCAUUGGAUAAUCAUCAAAAACAAAACCAAGAAGCCUUAGAAGCGUACCCCAUUGGAUUCAUCUUUGACGAAGUCGAGGUGUUGGGACUGGACAAAUCAUAUGUCUAUGUAAACUUUGGUUCCAAAUCCUUAUUUGGUCAAAUUCACAAUUCUAACCUUGGCGGAGACAAAUCUUUACUCAACUACUCAGUGGGAAGUAAACACAAGGCUAGAGUUUUGGGUUUUAAUACUGUGGACAAUUUAUUAGUUUUGACAUUUGAUGACAAAAUAAUCAAUGCCGAAUACUUGAAUGUACGCGACAUUCCACUAGGUGCUUUCUUGCCAAAUUGUGAGGUUGUUAAAGUCUUGCCAGAUAACGGAGGCCUCAGUGUGAAAAUCAAUGAUGAGUUUAUGGGCCUCGUUCCAUUUAAUCAGAUGUCGGACAUCAAGUUGGUUUACCCAGAAAGAAAAUUUAGAGCUGGUUCAAAAGUGAAAGGAAGAUUAUUGACACAUAGAGGAAAGACUCCACUUAUCACAUUAAGAAAGGCUUUGGUUAAUCUUGAAGAUGAUGAGAUUAUUCUGCAAUUUGAAGACGCUAAAGUGGGUUUCAAGACAAAUGCAACCGUGGAAAAAUUUAUCCAUGGGGGUGCUAUCGUCUCAUUUUUUGGAAGUCUUCGAGCAUUUUUGCCAAAGACUGAGAUUUCAGAAACAUUUGUUGAUGACGCUAGUAAGUUUUUGAAGUUGGGCCAAAUUGUAAAGGUAAAAAUCCUGGACAUUAAGGAGGAUCAAAAGAGAGUGGUUGUAACAAUGAAGCAAUCUAGUGAAUUGUCCGAUGCGCAAAAAACCGAGAUUUCCCAAUUAUUGUCCGGAAGGUCCAUUAUCAAUGCUAUAGUUGUGGAGAAGAAGAACAAUGCUGUAUUGAUUGAACUCGAAGGCUCAAACUUGAGAGGUGUUAUAAAUGAUGGUCAACUUUCUGAUGGAAACUAUGAACAAAAUAGAGCAAUGUUCAAAAAGCUUGAAAUUUCUAGCAAGAUUAGGGCUUUAGUUUUGGAGAAAGACCUUAAAGCCCGAACUAUUAUUGCCACAGCUAAGAAGUCAAUGAUUGAAGCGGCAGAGAAGAAUGCAUUGCCAAUAGAUUUUGACGAUAUUCAACCAAAUAAAGUCGUUAAAGGUUAUGUAAAGUCGGUGACUAAUCUUGGUUUGUUUGUUUCGUUUACAGGUAGAUUAACUGGUUUAGUUUUGGCAAAAUAUGCUACUGCUAAUGCUAACGAAGACUUGUCCAAGAAAUUCCACAAAUAUCAAUCACUUACAUGUCGUGUAUUGAGCGUUGAUACCGAAAACAAGAGGUUUUUAUUAGCAUUGCUGAACUCUACAAACGAUUCGGGUGACGAGGAUGACAAAGUGGUAAAUCCAGUUGAUACUAAAAAGAGCGUUGUGGCGGAUUAUUCACCAGGUGUUCAUACUAAAGCGGUUGUUAAAUCGAUCAAGGGGACUCAAUUGAAUGUUCAAUUGGCAGAUAAUUUACAGGGCCGUGUUGAUAUUACACAAUGUUUCAAGUCCAUCAACGAUAUAAAGAAUGUUCGCCAACCAUUAUCCGGGUUUAGCAAAGGUGACGUUGUGGAUGUUAAAGUCAUUGGGGUACACGAUGCUCGUAACCACACUUUUUUACCCAUCACAAACCGCAAGGCAGGAAAGCAAACCAUAUUGGAACUUUCUAUUGUUGACAGGGAACUUAACGGCAAAAACUUGAGUUCCUUGAAGCUCGAUGAUAUCACUUUGGAACAAGAAUUGUUGUGUUUUGUUAAUAAUAUUGAUCGUGGAUUUGUCUGGGUUUCAAUUUCACCUUCUGUUAGGGGAAGAAUAUCCUUUAUGGAUUUAACCAACGAUGGAUCGGUUUUCCAAGGUUUUGAAAACAAGUACCCUAUAGGUACUGCAAUCCAAGCUAAGGUUAAGAAUAUUGAUCAGGAGCACAAAUCUUUGUCUUUGAUUUCAAGGGACAAUCACGUUUCAAAAGUUGAGGAUGUUCAAAUUGGUCAAACAUAUCCUGCUAGGAUCGUUAAGGUUAAGGACUCGUAUGUCUUGGUUGAUCUUGGCGAUAAGGUGAUUGCAUCUUCAUUUAUUACCGAUGCAUUGAAUGAUUACUCCGAUAAGUUGGCACAUGUUUUUCAUCUCAAUGAAUAUGUUGCCGCAAAAGUAUUGGACAUUGAUGUCGAGAACAAUAAGAUUGCAGUGAUGUUGAGAAACGAGGAGUCUUCCGCUGCUGCCAGUGAUAAGACAAUCAAUUCAGUUGAUGACUUGUCGCGUGGUCAAGUUGUUAAAGGGUUCGUUAAGAAUAUUGCAAGCAAUGGUGUUUAUGUGUCUCUUGGAAGAUGCGUGCACGCCUUAGUGAGAGUUUCUGACUUGAGUGAUUCUUACUUGAAAGAUUGGAAGAAAUUCUUUAAACCAGCACAAUCUGUUAUUGGUAAAAUUAUCAACUGUAAAGAGCAGGGCAAAGUGUUGAUGACUUUGAAAGAAAGUGAAGUUAAUGGAGAUUUGAAGAUUUUGAAAAACUACGAUGACUUGGUUGUUGGUGAAGUUUUCGAAGGUACUGUUACCAAAGUGACUGAUUUCGGUGUGUUUGUUAAAUUAGAUGGUACUAUCAACAUUAGCGGGUUGUGCCACCAUUCCGAAAUUUCCGAGAAUGAUGUUUCAAAUAUUGCAAGUUUGUUUGGUGAAGGUGAUAGAGUUAAAGUAAAGAUUCUCAAGGUUGAUUUGGGCAAAAAGCAAUUAUCUUUGGGUAUGAAGGCAUCCUAUUUUGCUGAUGAAGCAGAGCAAAAAGAAGAAGAUGACGACGAAGAUGUUGAUAUGAGUGAAGCAUUUGAAGACGAGCAAAGCGAAGCGGAAGAAGAAGAACAAGACGACGACGACGAAGAAGAAGAUGAUGAUGAUGAGGAGGAGGUUAUUGAUGCAGAGACUAUGGAUGUAGACUCGGAUUCAGAUUCAGACGUUGAGUCAGGAGAUGAAGAAACAGAAGCAGUGUCUUCUCUCGGUACUGGUUUAUCCACCAACGGGUUUGACUGGACUGCGUCUAUAUUGGAUCAGAAUAAAGAUGUUGAUGAUUCAUCAGACGAUGAUGACGAUGAUGAUGAUGACAAUGAAAAUGAUAAUGAAAAUACCAGUGGUGAUAUCUCUGGUGCCAAAAAGAGGUCCAAGAGAAACAAGAACAAGGCAUCAAAACAUGUUGUGGAUAAAACUAUUGAUCUCAACACUCGUGCACCACAAUCCACUGCUGAUUUUGAAAGGCUCUUGAUUGGUAACCCCAAUAGUUCCAUCUUGUGGAUGAACUAUAUGUCAUUUAAUUUACAACUUAGCGAAGUUGACAAGGCUCGUGAAAUUGGUGAACGGGCUUUGGAGACGAUCAACUAUCGUGAAGAGCAGGAGAAGUUGAACAUUUGGAUUGCUAUGUUGAACUUGGAAAACACAUUUGGUUCUGAGGAAUCUCUUGAGAAGGUGUUUAAGAGAUCAUGCCAAUAUAUGGACUCGUUUGUUAUGCAUCAGAAACUUGUCAAUAUAUAUAUAAUGAGUGAGAAAUUUGAUGCUGCUCAAGACUUGUUCAAGGUUAUGGUCAAGAAGUUUGGAAAAGAACACGUUUCUACAUGGGUCUUGUAUGCGUCAUUCCUUUUGGAUCAGGAAGAGCAACUGACAAAGGUUCAUGAGCUUUUGUCCAGAGCAUUGCAAGCGUUACCCAAGAGAGACCACAUUGAGGUUGUGCGAAAAUUUGCACAAUUGGAGUUUGCCAAAGGUGACGCCGAGCAAGCUAGAUCAUUGUUUGAAGGGUUGAUUGCCGAUGCGCCAAAGAGGAUUGAUUUGUGGAACGUUUACAUUGACCAAGAGAUUAAACUUCAUGAUAAGGAUGAGGGUGAAGAUAAUGUACUGAACAUAAGAGAUUUGUUUGAAAGAGUGAUUGAAAACAAGAAAAUUUCGAGAAAACAAGCCAAAUUCUUUUUCAAUAAAUGGUUGAAAUUUGAAGAAGGAUUAGGUGACGAGAAGAUGGUUGCAAAGGUUAAAGCUAAGGCAAUCGAGUAUGUUCAAAGUCAAGAAGCUUAA